AUGCAUACAAUGGACACUCUAGGUUACGGCCACAAGAAGUACAGGCCGCCACUGUCACCUGCUAAUUUCUACCAACACGACUUUUACUCGAGACACGCCACACUUAGACCACAGAGCGAAUACAGGUUCGCUGGUGACUAUGGCACCGGGUACAGACGAGCUGAAAGUAGUAGGAGCGGUGGUAUGUGUUCUGCCGCGUUAGUUGGGGGAGCUUUACUGGCUGCAGUCGCGGUCCUAGCAGUCGCCGCACUAGCAUUCUACAUGGGUGCUUUAAGGCCUGAUAAUGGAGAACCAAUAAUGACAUUUGAGGGAACUUUUCGUGUCACUCGAGGGAUGUCUACGGUGUACGCGGCCCCAUCACCCUUAAGACAGGCCUUCGCCGGAGCGAUAGUAACAGGCUUCGGUGACAGACGCCUUGAUGUUCAUUUCAAACUAUACUUAGAUAGAAGAAAAAUACCAAGUUCACUUACAAAUAUAGAGGAAUCUUUGAAGAAAAUCUUAAUACAAGAUUUGAUAUCCAAACAUAGUGCAUUUGGACAAAUAAAAAUAGAUGCAUCUAGUAUAAUUAUUAAAAGGGACUUAGAACACACAUACCACUCGGAACAGUAUGUUAAAGAAGCGAUGAAUGAAUCUGUAACAACUCCUAAUCCUAAGGUCUUAUCACCUCAAAACGCAAAAGACAAAACUCUUCAAAGCCGAAUUGGUGUUGUUCGAAAGACGACAGUUAAACCUAAACAAACUUUAAGAAAAGAUGAUCCAGACGAACCCGAUAUAGACACAGAGAACAUUCCAGUAGUACAAGGCUCUUUUCAAAUAACAAAGACAGAAGCGGAUAUAACGGAGAAUAAACAUAAUCCAAGCAAAACUAAUCCUAGUAGAGUCGAUGAGAAAAACAACCAUAAAGCACCGGCUCCACCUAAAACAGCAACAUCUUCAACCACGAAAUCACCAUCAACGUCUACAGCAACGACGACAAGCACAAGAAAGUUCCCUCCAAGUACACUGAAACCGAGACCAAUAACAAUAAAAUCUUCUAUGAAUAUUAAGCCAAAAGUCGAUAUAAAUAACAGUCUCAAAGAAAUAACUACUGCCAAGCCUUCACCAACAUCGAGUACAAUGAAAACCACCACCACGUCUAAAAGAACAACGACUACUACUAUGACAACAACGACUCAAAAUGUAUCUCAAAUCUUAUAUGAUCUUCUUACAAAUGAAAAUCACGACAAAGAUUUGCCAAAAAUUGAUACUUUAUUCACAGUACCCCAUGUCAUUGAUAACGAACCGUGGAGGCCCAUUACAAGACCUUAUUAUGAAACAACAAGUAAACAAUCAACGUUACCUAUAAUUGAACAAAAUGCUGAAGAUCGAAUAGGUGUAGCAGAAGUGGUUGAAGAUAUUUCUCUUUUAGAAUCUUUGUUGACUCCUAGUCCCCCUGUGAAACAUAAAGAUAUAACAACACAAAGACCAUCAGGGCUGUACAACGUAGAUCCCCAUUUAGCGGCGGACGUAUACAUUCCCAAUCCAGUGUAUACUAGUUUUACUAUUCCAGCUUUCAUUCCACCGCUCAAAGAUAUGGAAACAUUGGGAUCAAGCUAUCCAAAGCCACAUCCUUUACCCGUCGACAAAAUAAGUGGUGCGAUUGAAGUUGUACCUGAAACAAAUUUAAACUUGGAUGACAAUGACGGGAAACCUAUAAUACGACCUCCCAAAGAUAAAACCUCUUCUGUUAGUAUAAAUGUAUUUCAAUUAGAUAGUAAUACAGAAAAAGUUUCAAUUGAGGGUGCGUCCAUUGUAAAGAAACAAAAUGUUACUACCACUAGUACAACAAUGAAAACAACUACAAUUGUUGAUCGAAAUACAAAAAUUUCUACAACAGAUAUUCCUUCAAGUACACCUUCUAGCACUACUACGAUAGGACAUAAAAAGGAAAGUACUACGAAGAGACCAAAUAAUAAAGUAUCAAUAAUACCAUCGACUGGUACCCCUCACCAUACAUGGGAAUUAGUCAAUACCUCAACAAAUAAUAACGAUACUUCUAAUAAAGUAUCUCCCCAAAAGUAUUAUAAUGAUACAUUGCAAGCUAUAAUCGUUAAAAACGAUGCUUCGCUCAAUACUACAACAAGAUUCCCCAGCAAAUUUUCUAUUCUACGUAAUUUAACUGAUUUAAUUAAACGAUAUUCUCAAAAUAGUACUUCAAAGCCGUCUGAAAUCAAAAUUGAGACUACGACCAUUCUUUCCACCACUCCAAGUUCUGUAAAAGUGGAGGACAUUGGAGAAAUAGUUCGACACACACCUGAAGAAAUGAUUGGAUCAGUAGAAGUUAUUUCCGAAGAAGACUUGGAGACAACAACACCUAGAGUCAUAACAUUGAUGCCCGCAAAAUCGAAUCUAGGCGUGAAUCGACCGCUACGACCCCGACCAAAAAUUGAUCCUCAAGUAACAAAGGACAGUGAACGUAGUUUAAAUGAUCCAUCAGAUGUGAAUAAUCCUGCAGACGAUCUUGAAUUGAGUUCUUAUAACUACACAGAAUUAUUGUCAGAAGCGUCUGAAAUUAUAUCAAGCUCAGCAAAUAUGUACAAUGAUACGGAUAUGGAUGUAGUUGAAUCUAAUGAAGAUCCCAAAGCCCUUCGCUCAUCGGGUAUACCGGCCAAUCCUGUAAGUGGAAAUAGAUUGCCUAAAUCAAACGAUUUAAAAAGUCCAAAUGUUGAAAACUUUAAAAACAGUAAUAUUCCUGAAGGGACAUACAAGGUAUCUUAUCAUGUAACAGGAAGCGUUAGCAGUAAACAGGCUAAUAAAACUAAACACCUUCCUGCCUACGAGCUAGCUCUAGAACCGGAUGUAGUGCUAGAAAUACCAUCAAAUCAAAGUAGUACAUUAACCCUAGAUAAAUUAAAACAACUUGCUAGCCUUGCCACAAUAACAAAUUUUAAUAACAACACAUUGUUCCGUGCUCCUGGAGGUGUAAUCUCCACUAAAGCGAUCCCGUCAAGUUAUACAUUAAAUCAAGCUGGAUUUAAAAUACUCACAAAAACGUUUAACAAAGCAACGCCCGUGAAACAAGAAGAAAAUGGCUUUAAUCAACCAGAAAAACCUAUUAGUAAACCAAUUCAUACAAAAAAACAAAAUAAACAGGAAUUUGAAAAAGAAAUUAUAGUUGAAGAAUUCUGUGAUAACUCCACAUCGUUUUCAUGCUCCAGCGGAGCUUGCAUUCCCCUGACGUCUCGGUGUAAUAGAUUGAUAGAUUGUCCCUCCGGGGAAGACGAGAAGGCAUGCUCGUGUGCUGAUUACUUACGAGCUGAUUUUUCACAAUCUAAGAUUUGUGACGGUUUCGUUGAUUGUUGGGAUUACUCGGAUGAAAAUAAAUGUGAAUGGUGUAAAGAAGGCCAGUUUGUAUGCGCGAAUGCUCGUCAAUGUAUAGAAAUGAAUAAGGUUUGCGAUGGGAAUCCUGACUGUCCUCUCGGUGACGACGAGAAAAGUUGUGUGGCGUUAGGAGAUGAUAUCGAUAGCAACGAAGUCAUUCCCUAUAACGAGGAAGGUUUUGUUAUGGUCCGUAAGCGCGGUGUUUGGGGCAGACUCUGCGUGGAGAGUUUCAAUGAUGUGGUCACUCAAGCACAUAGUUCACUUAAGUUACCAGACCUUGGUAGGGCCGUCUGUCGUGCAAUGACCUUUCAGGAUUCUCCAUGGGUUCGCGAGGCACGUGAGGGUAGAAAAGUAAGCACGAUAGGUUACUGGGAAGUUUGGCAUAACGUACAUGCUCGAGCUGCGGACACACGGCUGACAUUCAAACGAUCAAGUUGUACGAGACACCGUGCUUUACGAGUCAAAUGUGAGGACUUGGACUGCGGAAUACGACCUCAUGCUGAUGCACAGCAACCCAGGGUUGUAACUUACGAGCGAGUGCGGUGGGGCAGGGUGGUAGGUGGCGGAGGAGCGGCGGCCGGCGCCUGGCCCUGGCAGGCAGCCCUAUACCGCGAUGGGGACUUCCAGUGUGGCGCUACCCUUAUCUCAUCGCAGUGGCUUCUUUCAGCGAGUCAUUGCUUUUAUCAAGCUACUGAAGCCCAUUGGGUUGCGCGACUUGGUGCGUUACGGAGGGGAGCCUGGCCUCGUGGGCCUUGGGAGCGAGUGACACGCGUCCGUCAAGUAGUGUUGCAUCCGAAGUAUGCUCCACGUGGGUUCAAAAAUGACAUAGCGUUACUGCGAGUAGACCCUCUGCCUCUACACGCUCGCCUGCGGCCGGCCUGUUUGCCACCAUCUCGAACACAGCCACCAGCCGGACAACAUUGUACUGUGGUUGGUUGGGGACAAUUGUAUGAACAUGAACGGGUAUUCCCGGAUACGCUCCAGGAGGUGGAGUUGCCGGUGAUAUCCACAGCUGAGUGUCGUCGCCGCACUCGUUUGCUGCCUCUCUACAGGAUCACUGAAGAUAUGUUCUGUGCCGGCUACGAGCGAGGCGGACGCGACGCUUGUCUUGGAGACUCGGGAGGGCCGCUUAUGUGCCAAGAGGACGAUAGAUGGUAUAUUUACGGUGUAACCAGCAACGGCUAUGGAUGUGCAAGAGCGAACCGACCUGGCGUUUACACGAAGGUUUCCAACUACAUCGAAUGGAUUGACAGCGUCAUGACGACUUACACGCCGACCAUAAACAAAACUAUAUCAAACAGCGAAGAAAACUCCAAAGAAGAUUUCUACGCAGAUUUAGAAACGGCUGAGAAUAAAAGAGUUCUUCAUAGGACCUUCGAUACAUGUAGAGGUUUCAGAUGCCCUCUCGGGGAAUGCUUACCACAGUCUAGCGUCUGCAAUGGCUUUCUAGAAUGUUCGGACGGCAGUGAUGAAUGGCAAUGCAAUAAUCUUAUGACAAAUUCAAGCUGGUACAGUCCCGUCUGA